CGUUAUAAUAACCUCGCGCAUGAACUCGUUGCUGGAAAUUAGAAAAUUAUUUAACGAUAGUUUUUUAUUGUGUGUGUUACAAACGACGAUUUUGUGAAUUAAAAAAUAAUUAAAAUUUCACAUAAAAAUAAAUAUAUCAAAAUAAAGGAAAUACAAAGGUUCUUAACCAAUCGUAUACUCAUUUUGACUGAGAGAAAAAAAAACCAAAUCAAAUAAGGAAAUAUAUAUAAAUUAUACGAAGGCCAAUCACCUUACAAGAAAUUAAAAUGUCCACUAAAGCAAAAAGAGCGGGUACAGCCACACCCCAACCCGGUGGUACAUCAACCCCACUUUUAGGCACAAGUAGUACGCGUCCAUCCAGUCCACUCAGUCCGACUCGUCACAGUCGUUUGGUUGAAAAAGCCGAAUUGCAAAAUCUCAACGACCGUUUGGCCUGCUACAUCGAUCGUGUGCGCAAUUUAGAAAACGAAAAUGCUCGUCUAUCGAUCGAAGUGCAGACCACCAGGGAGACAAUCACCCGGGAAGCUUCCAACAUCAAGUCGAUGUAUGAGCAUGAGCUAUCUGAUGCCAGAAAGUUGCUCGAUGAUACUGCACGCGAAAAGGCAAAGCUCGAGAUUGACACGAAACGUCUAUGGGACGAAAAUGACGAACUCAAGACAAAGCUCGAGAAAAAGACCAAGGAGUGCACUCAUGCUGAGAACAGUGCACGUAUGUACGAGUCGAGAUGCAAUGAUUUAAGUACAAAAUACAAUUCAGCUAGUGCUGAUCGCAAGAAGGCUCUUGAUGACGUUGCUGAGUUGCAAAAGGAACUCGAACGUCUGCGCAAGCAACUGGAAGAGGCCCGUAAGCAUCUUGAGGACGAGACAUUGGCUCGUGUCGAUUUGGAAAACAACAUCCAGAGCCUUCGUGAAGAGUUGACUUUCAAGGACCAAAUACAUUCACAGGAAAUGUCUGAGACUCGCACUCGUCGACAGGUCGAGAUUAGUGAGAUCGAUGGUCGUCUGUCGGAGCAGUAUGAAGCUAAACUACAACAAUCACUUCAAGAGCUCCGUGAUCAAUACGAGGGCCAGAUGCGUUCAAAUCGUGAUGAGAUUGAGAUGCUCUAUGAGAACAAGAUCAAGGGCCUCCAAAACGCUGCCAAUCGUAAUUCGAAUGCUGCAGCAUCAGCAAUUGAAGAGUUGCGCACCACUCGCACUCGUAUCGAUUCCCUGAACUCACGCAUCGGUGAGUUGGAAUCCGCAAACGGGGCUUUGAGUGCAAGAUUGCGAGAAAUGGAGCAAUUGUUGGAUCAUGAACGUGCUCGUCACAACGCUGACUUGCACGGCUUGGAAGCCGAAUUGAAUCGUAUGCGGGAGGAAAUGGCCCUGCAGUUGCAGGAAUACCAAGAUCUGAUGGACAUCAAGGUUUCUCUUGAUUUGGAAAUUGCCGCUUAUGAUAAAUUGCUUUGCGGUGAGGAAUCCCGUUUGAAUAUUACUCCAUCGGCAUCAAAUACAGCAAGUGCUAGCAGCUUGAGCCACUCGUUGAGAUCGACUCGUGCUACUCCGAUGAGGCGCACACCAACACGCGGCCAGUCGACUGCCAGUGGAGCUUUCAAGCGCAAACGUACUGUCGUUGAAGAAUCUGAAGAUCGUAGCGAAUCUGAGUAUUUUGUGACUGGAAGUGCCAAGGGAGACAUUCAAAUAUCUGAAAUAGAUCCCGAGGGCAAGUUUGUAAAGCUCUUCAAUAAAUCACAAAAGGAGAUUGCUAUUGGCGGAUGGCAAUUAUUGCGUUCAUGUGGAGCUGACGAAACAUCGUUCAAGUUUCAUCGUUCAGUUAAGAUUGAUGCUGGCGCUACAGUCACCGUUUGGUCGGCAGAUGCUGGAGUUGCUCAUGAGCCACCAAGCAACAUUGUAAUGAAGACCCAAAAAUGGUUUGUGGGCGAUAACAUGAAGACAGUUCUAUUCAAUACUGAGGGAGAGGAUGUAGCUGCUUCGGAGCGCAUUAAGAAAACUGUAUCAAGUCAUGUUUCACGUCAUCGAUCAUCAGCAAGAGGAUUCCCAUCAACGCAUGUAACAGCCGGUGGUGCAGAUGAGGAGAUUUAUCAUCAGCAGGGUGAUCCACAGGGAGAGGAAAAGUGUCGUCUCAUGUAAAGAAAGCUCUCUUUUGUGUAUGUUUAUUUUCUUUAUUAAAUCAAUAAUUUUUCGAACAAAACAAAAAAGAAAAUAUCGUUACUAUAAAACUACAGAGGGCCUUAAAAUACAAUACAAUAUUAUUCUUAAUUUUCUUUUUCAUUAUUCAUAGAUAUUCUAAAAUUAAGGCUUGUCAAAGCCGCAACAUUGUAUACUUAAAAAAACACAAACAAAAAUAAAACUCCAUACAAAUUAUCCUUAAGUUACUUAUUCCGUUUAAGUCCACAAGUUCAAGUCUAUUGUGGAACAAAAAGACAUCAUCACUACUCCCGCCCGUUUUAAAAGUAGAAAGCUCGCGCACAAAUACGUUCAUAGAAAGCAUUGCAAUUUAGUUUUUUUUUUUACUUUUGUAUUUUCAUUUGCUAUUUUUCCUUUGUUUUUGUUCGAUGGAAAUUAAUUAAUCUAGGUUUUCUUUUUUUUAUACAAAUAUAUAUUUUCUUAUAAAAAAAAUAUAGUAUGGUUAAAUACAGAUUUUUUUAUUUUA